AUGGGCUGGUGCAAUCGCUUCAUUGCGAGACAUCCCGAGCUCAGUUUACGCUCCGGGAGCGCAGCAGCGACCAGGAAAUACAAUAGGAAGCACAUGGACGCAGCAGUGGAGAUGUAUCUAGCAGGGAGACCUAUGAGCGAAGUGACGCAGCGCUUCCCACUAUUACAUCAACGCACAAUCCGUCGUCGAGUGUUACGCGUUCAACGAGGGGAAGUUGAUAAGAGAAGAGGGCCGAGGCCUCUUCUAGAGGGAGAACCGGAACAGGAGCUGGUAACUUGGAUUCUAGCCAUGCAAAGUCAGGGCACAACAGUUUAA